AUCAGUACGUGAGCUCGAGCUCGCUCCCCUCUGCCGUCUCCAAACUCUCCACCACCCAAACCAAAUCCUCGCCAAUGGCGCCACUACUCUUCCAAACCCACACGGCCGCGCAAACCUUCCCGCCGAGCCCGCGCGGCACCCGCCGUCUGGCUCCCGCCGCCCCCCACGCCGUCGGUUUCCUCCGCGCCCUCUUCCCUGCCCGGCCGCCGCCGGCCAAGGCCGAGCUCCUCCGCCUCAUCGCCGACCAGGGCCGCGGCCUCGAAACCCAGUCCGACCCGUCCCGCCUCGCGGACAUCGUCUCCUGCAUAGACGCCCUCGCUGCCUCUGCCCCGAACGCCGACACCGUAUCGGACGCCACCAAGCUCUCCGGCACCUGGCGCCUCCUGUGGACGACCGAGCAGGAGCAGCUCUUCAUCGUGCGCAACGCCCCCACCUUCAGCACCGCCGCCGGCGACGUGCUCCAGGUCAUCGACGUUCCAGGCGGGAGCCUCAAUAACGUCAUCACCUUCCCGCCGUCUGGCGCGUUCGUCGUGAACGGCAGCAUCGAGAUCCAACCACCCCAGCGAGUAAAUUUUCGGUUUACACGUGCUAUGCUGAAGGGGGGCAAUUGGGAGGUUCCUUUUCCGCCAUUUGGGAAAGGAUGGUUUGAUACUGUCUAUUUGGACGAUGAAAUCCGUGUAGCGAAGGACAUAAGGGGGGAUUAUUUAGUUGUGGAGCGUGCUCCAUAUUCUUGGAACAGAUAGUUGCUAAGUUUUUGGUGGGUGCUUAUCCACUCACACUUCAUAUUAUGUGCGUAGAGACAAAAGAUUUGCAGGACCUCAUAAUUUCCAAGCAAGUCCUUACCAUUUACUAGGCCCUUCAUUUUACUAUACGACUAGCUGAAUUGCUCGUGCAGGUAUGCAGCUAGAUACUACAAUAGGUAAUACCUAUUAGGUAUGUAUAUGUUUGAAAAUAGCACUGUAGUUUCUUAUGGUUGGAAAGCAAGUUGUAAAUCUUAUGCAACUUCAGCACUUUAAAGAUAUAUCUGAUUAAAAUGUGUUAUUAUAA